UGGCUCUAAAAUGGAUGGAAGAGCAAAAAGUGUUCUUCUUGCCUCCCCUUUUAUUUCUUUCCCUUUACCUUCUAUUCAAGCUCAACAAUAAGAAGAAGAACUCAGCAGAAGAACCAAAUCUACCACCAUCACCCCCUAAGCUUCCUAUUAUUGGAAACCUUCAUCAGCUAGGAACCCUCCCCCAUCGCUCUCUUGCAGCCCUCUCUCACAAAUAUGGGCCUCUCAUGCUCUUUCAUUUUGGUAGUGUCCCAUCUUUGGUGGUUUCUUCCCCAGACAUGGCUAAAGAGAUCACAAAAACCCAUGAUAUUGUGUUUGCAAAUAGGCCUACUUCAGCUUUGACAAAAAAGCUUCUUUAUAAUUGCACAGAUAUCAGCUUUUCACCCUACAGCGAGUAUUGGAGGCAGUUGCGAAAGAUCUGUGCUACCGAGCUAUUCAGUUCCAAGCGAGUCCGGUCAUUCAAGUUUGUUAGGGAGGAGGAGGUUGCUGUUAUGAUUGAGAAGAUAUCAGUAUUGUCUCAAGGUGGCAUGACUCCAGUUAAUAUAAGUGAUUUGCUACUCAUUUUCUCAAACAAUGUAAUCACUAGAGCUGCAUUGGGUACAAAGUACAAUAACAUUAGGCUUGGUCAUUUGGUAAGGGAGGCAAAUACUCUCCUUGGAGCCUUCAGUGUGAGAGAACACUUCCCAUUGUUGGGAUGGAUUGACACACUCAGUGGCUUAGAUAAAAGGGUCAACAAAAAUUAUCAAGAGAUGGAUGUGGUUUUGGAUCAAGUAAUUCAAGACCAUCUGAAUGCCAAAAAAGAAGAUGGCCAGACAAAUGUAAAGGACUUUGUGGAUGUCUUGCUUGAAGCCCAAAAAGAUUCAACACUUAGUAUCUCUCUUUCUCUAGACAAUAUCAAAGGAAUCAUCUUGGACAUGUUCUCUGCUGGAACUGAUACAACAGCAACUACUGUGGAGUGGGCAAUAGUGGAGCUUGUCAGAAAUCCUAGGGUAAUGAAAAAAGCCCAAGAAGAGAUAAGAAGUGUUGUGGGAAGUAAAUCCAAGAUUGAAGAAGAUGAUAUUCUUCAAAUGGAUUAUUUGAAGUGUAUUAUUAAGGAGAUUAUGAGACUACAUCAUGCUGUUCCUUUUUUGUUACCAAGAGAAUCAAGUGAAGGUGUCCAUAUAAAAGGUUAUUACAUCCCUCCUAAAACAAGAGUUCUUAUCAAUGCAUGGGCAAUUCAAAUGGAUCCCAAUAUAUGGGAUAAUCCAGAUGAGUUUAUUCCAGAAAGAUUUAUAAACAAUCCAGUAGAUCUCCAAGGGCAGGAUUUUCAAUACCUUCCUUUUGGGGCUGGGAGAAGAAUUUGCCCUGGAAUGUCCUUUGGUUUGGCUUCUUCUGAAUUGGUUCUUGCUAAUCUUUUGUAUUGGUUCAACUGGGAGUUUCCAAGGGGUGAGAAGGACAUAGACAUGACUGAAGAAUUUGGACUUGCACUUCAUAAAAAGAAUCCUGUAAAUCUUCUUCCUCAAAAGCGCUUCUCUUAUUGA